AUGGAGCGACAUCGAAGGGCUGCCGGUGCGCUGUCUCAGGAUCCUGCUCAUAAAUGGACACUUGACACAAGCCCACAGGUAAAAGCUCGAAACCGCUACGGUGAUGUGCAAGCCUGGGAAAACUGCAGAGUCCAUCUCAAGGUCCCCGCUGGGGAGUGUGAUUUCAUCAAUGCUUCUCCCAUAGUACUCAAGGACCCCGAGACAGACGGCGAGUACAAAUAUAUUGCAAGUCAGGGCCCAAAACGAGACCGGCUUGCUGAUUUCUGGAACAUGAUAUAUCACGAGGCCGGUGAAGUUGCUGUUUUGGUUAUGCUCACUCAAACAGUAGAAUCCGGAAAGGAGAAAUGCGCCCAGUAUUUCCCACAGGAUAUGGAGAAUCCUACUUUUGAAUUCUCCUCUCACAGCACCACCGAACCCCCGGCUGCUCAUUUUUCUGGCUCAGUUACCCUGUUGAAUACAAUUUACGAUGAAUCAAUACGCUCAAACGUCAGUGAACUUGAGCUCCGUGUCGGAUCGAAUACCAAAACAGUGUGGCAUUUCCUCUUUGCUGGUGCUGGCGUGGGAAGGACCGGAACAUUCAUUGCUCUCGACCACCUACUUCGACAGCUACAGUCCGGACAACUCUUGAAAGCAGAUGACAAGUCUGCAGAUGCUGUUUUCAACACUGUCAAUAGACUGCGGGAGCAGCGGAUGCUGAUGGUCUACAAUGCAUUUCAGUAUCAAUUCAUCUAUGAUGUCUUGAAGGAGCAAACUCAGAUUAAGUUGGGAAUCCAGUCUGCUCCGAUCGAGCCUCGUCCGCAAAAAAUAGCGAAACCUGACGACGGAAUGUUCAAGCCCGAACUGGUUGCUCUGAGUCCGGCGGAUAUCGGCUCUGCAGCUGAGCCUGACGACCCCGAAAGUGAAAAUAAUGAAGCCAAAGAUGUGGGAAGGGACAAAGAAAGCAAGGGGGACAAGGAAAACAAUGACAAUCACGAAGCCGACGACGAUGACGACGACGAAGACGAAGACGAUGAAGACGAUGAAAAUGACAACGACAAAGCUGAAGAUGAAGAUGAAAGCUGA